CCCUCCAGGAAUCAGAUGACCCUGGAGACAGGGUCGGGUUUUUUGCUCUUCGCUUUUCUGCACAGGGGGAUUUUUUGCUCUUUCCUCGCUCAGCCCUCAGACUCCAGGAUCAACAUUGGAGGCUAUCAGGAAAAGCCAGCGGCCGGUUUAAUCUCAGCAGUCGGUUCCUGGUCCCUCCGGGAAGUGAGAUCAGCUGAGACGCUGGCGCUCUGGGAUGGCGAACCGGCCUCCCCGUCUUGGAAGGCUCCCGGGCUGCCGAGAACUUUGCCGCACUCCUGCCGGGAAUUGAGACCAAGCGAGCUUCAAGUUCUCCUCGAGAGUUCGCGGAAGUGCGAGGUGGGGGAGUCGCGGAGGAGGCGGCCAUCGUCAGCGCUCUGUGGGUCUCCCGUGCUGAACAAGGCCAAGUAUGGUCCAAUAUGGAUAAACCGCUUAGGGCCUCAGAUCCACGUGAACCUGGCCAGUGCCCCACUCCUGGAGCAAGUGAUGCGCCAAGAGGGCAAGUACCCAGUACGGAACGACAUGGAACUAUGGAAGGAGCACCGGGACCAGCAGGGCCUGACCUAUGGGCCCUUCACCAUGCAAGGACAUCAGUGGUACCGGCUCCGCCAGGCUCUGAACCAGCGGUUGCUGAAGCCAGCUGAGGCUGCGCUCUACACAGAUGCUCUGAAUGAGGUGAUUGAGGACUUCAUGACUCGACUGAACCAGCAGCGGGCAGAGAGCGCCUCGGGGGACCAUGUGCCCGACAUCGCUCACAAUUUCUACUUCUUUGCCUUGGAAGCUGUUUGCUACAUCCUGUUUGAGAAACGUAUCGGCUGCCUGGAGCGCUCCAUCCCGCAGGACACCGAGACCUUCGUCAGAUCUGUCGGGCUCAUGUUCCAGAACUCGCUGUACGCCACCUUCCUCCCCAAGUGGACUCGUUCCCUGCUGCCCUUCUGGAGGCGGUAUCUGGAUGGCUGGAACACCAUCUUCUCUUUUGGGAAGAAGCUGAUUGAUCAGAAAUUAGAGGAGAUAGAGGCCCAACUUCAGACAGGGGGCCCAGAGAAGGCCCACAUAUCUGGUUACCUGCACUUCCUGCUGACCAGUGGACAGCUCAGUCCUCGAGACGCUGAGGGCAGCCUGCCCGAGCUGCUCAUGGCUGGAGUAGACACGACGUCCAACACGCUGACGUGGGCCCUGUACCAUCUUUCAAAGAACCCAGAGAUCCAGGCAGCCCUGCAUGAAGAAGUGGUGGGCAUGGUGCCCGCCGGGCAGGUGCCCCAGUACAAGGACUUUGCCCACAUGCCCCUGCUCAAAGCUGUGCUUAAGGAGACGCUGCGUCUCUAUCCUGUGGUCCCCGUGAACUCCCGGGUCAUCAUGGACAAGGAAAUUGAAGUUGGUGGCUUCCUCUUCCCCAAGAACACCCAGUUUGUGUUCUGCCACUACGUGGUGUCCCGGGACCCUCGCAUCUUCCCUGAGCCGGACAGCUUCCAGCCCCAACGUUGGCUGAGGAAGAACCAGCCUGAUGCCCUCAGGGCCCAACACCCAUUUGGCUCUGUGCCCUUUGGUUACGGAGUUCGGGCUUGCCUGGGCCGCAGGGUUGCAGAGCUGGAGAUGCAGCUGCUGCUGACAAGGCUGAUCCAGCAGUACGAGGUGGCCCUGGCCCCUGAGACGGGGGAGGUGACAAGUGUGGCUCGAAUCGUGCUCGUUCCCAAUAAGAAGGUGGGCCUGCGUUUCCUGCAGAGACAGAGUUGAGCCUCCUUCCCACCCUCCCUGGCACAUGAAGAAGGAGAGGAAGGGGCUGCCAGGUGCCAGAGGUUGGAGAAACUCAGUGUAGUUCCUGUAGAACCCUGAGCUUUUGCCACUUUCAUCAUUUUGAGCGUCUCCCUCUCAGAUAAAAAGCCGCCUCCGUGGCAUGUGGCUAACCUUGGGGAAAAUAUAGAAUAAAGGGGCUUUUAUUCAUAA